AUGGGGGUCGGUCUGAAAAUGAUUCCCUCGUACGUGAGGGCCAUUCCCAAUGGUACAGAAACUGGCGAUUAUUUGGCUCUCGAUCUGGGAGGUACCAACUUCCGUGUGCUUUUGAUUCGUCUGCGAGGAAGUGAAGCCGAGAUGGUUGGCAAAAUCUACGAGAUUCCGACAUCUGUGCAACGAGGAACUGGUGAAGCUGUGAGUCGUUACCUCUAA